AUGGCUUCGACCACCACCACCCAAUCAUCGACCUGCCGCAUCAUCAAGGCCCCUCACCCACCCGCCAUCGUCGGCAAGGCAGUUUUCCUGGCAGGCAGCAUUGAAAUGGGAAAGGCUGUCGACUGGCAGGCCGCCCUCACCAAUAAGCUGUCCCAUCUGCCCAUUACCGUCCUCAACCCGCGCCGGGAGGACUGGGGCGGCGACUGGGUCCAAGACAUGGCCAACGAAAAGUUUCGCGAGCAAGUACAAUGGGAGCUCGACUGCCAGGAUACAGCCGACAUCAUUGCCAUGUUCUUCCAUCCGGACACCAAGGCGCCCAUCAGUCUCCUGGAACUCGGUCUCUACGCUGCAAGCAAGAAGAUGGUCGUGUGCUGUCCGCCGGGCUUCUACCGCCGGGGAAACGUGCAGAUGGUGUGCCACAAGUUUGACAUCGAGCUGGUCGACACGCUGGACCAGCUGGCAGAAGGGGUUAUCAGGAAGUUGGCCGUGUAG